CCCACAGCCCCACACACACAGCCCAAUCAGGCAAGCAGGCCCCAUGGCCCACUGUCCCUUUCCAUGAACCAAUGGCUUCUUCCCCCAACUACCAACCAAACCUUUCCCCUCCCUUCUCCAAUCAGCUCCUAUCCACCUCGCCAUUGAACAAUCUCCGAUAGCUAGCAGCUUGCCUGAUUCAUCAUCCCGGAAGAAGAUCAAGCCCACCGAUUCCAGUUCAGUUAUUCACCGAGGUCACUGAAAUAACAGAUGGCAGAGCGUUCGGAGAACGCGGCGGGGGACAUGAUGAGCAACAUCAUGGACGCCAUCGCCGAGAACCUCCCCAACAAGAAGUCCGUCAGGUUCGACGACGGCGAGGGCUCCAUCUCCGACCAGGCCAGGAAGCUGUUCGGUGGCGGCCAGGGCGGCAAGAAGUCUGUCCACCACAUCCUGGGCGGCGGGAAAUCCGCCGACGUGCUGCUGUGGCGGAACAAGAAGAUCUCGUCGAGCGUGCUGGGCGUGGCGACGCUGUCCUGGGUCUUCUUCGAGUGGCUCGACUACCACCUGCUCACCAUCGCCAGCUUCGCGCUCGUGGUCGGCAUGGCCGUGCAGUUCGCCUGGUCCGCGCUCGCCUCGAACGUGCCCCGCGUCGAGCUGCCGGAGGAGCUGUUCGCGAACGCCGGCAGGGCCGCCGGCGCGCAGGUGAACCGGGCCCUGGGCGCGCUCCAGGACAUCUCCUGCGGGAGAGACCUGAGGCGGUUCCUCAUAGUGAUCGCCGGGUUCUUCGCGGCCGCGGUCGUCGGGAGCUUCUGCAACUUGCUGACGGUCAUCUACAUCGGGUUCGUGUGCGCGCACACUCUGCCGGUGCUGUACGAGAAGUACCAGGACCAGGUGGACGAGUUCCUGUACAGCAUGCUGGGCCUGCUCCAGAACCAGUACCAGAAGCUCGGCAGCAAGGGCGUCCUCAGCAAAGGAAAGCUCAGGAAGAGCGACUAGUUCGUUCAAUCAGCUCUGCUGUGUACAUGAUCAGCUGGGCUGGUCCAUUGACACGCCUGCCCUAGCUAGCUAGCCUCAUUGCAUGUAAUAUGCAAUCAGCUGCCAUUGCCUGAACAGCGGGUGUCUCUGUCUCCGUUUCUGCUAUCUCGAUCCAUGCUCUCUGUACAGUGACGAGGAACUACUACUACUACUUGUGUAGUGCAAUAAUGCUUAGCUUCGGACAGCACAUUAAACGAGGUUCAGAUGGUUCAUCUUUUUUUUUU